AGCCAGGCCCAGUGGAUGUGCCGGCGCUGAACGGGACGCGACGCUUCAAACUCGCGCUCCACGGCCCAUACCUGAGUGAGGGCUGAGGGCAGUGACUUUAAGCAGGAAAAAGAAACAUAAAAACGCUCCUUUGUUCUGCUGCUAUUGAGUGCCUGUGGCGUGAGCUUGGACAAUACUUUAAACUUUGAUAUUAUGUGAUGCGAGGUCUCCCAGAUGCAGUGAAAAAAGUUAAGUUUACGAAUGAAGAACUACCGUGGCAGUUGUUUUUCUGGGCCUUCCAAGAACCAAUCCUCAUGCUGCUGCAACCAAGUGACUCACGACAGUAACUUGAACGAUAUUGUCAACUUUAAUAUUAUGUGACGCGAGUUCUCCAAGAUGCAGUGAGGGAGGUUAAGUUUAUGAGAUAUGAACUACCUAGACAGUGCUAUUUUUCUCGUCCUUCCAAAAACCUAUCCUCGUGCUGCUUAUACCACGUGACUCUGAGGAUACCAACACUGAAUCAAUAACUUCAGCUUCUUCCAAUUGCAAUGAGGAUGAUUAGGAUUACCAGAUAAGAACUACGCAGACAGGAGUGGAAAACUGUUACCGGCCAUCAAAAACCUAACCUCAUGCUACUGGUAUCAAAUGACAACCUAUAGCCAUUCCCUCCAGGUUCAGUAUCAGUAUGUGACGUGAAUCAUUGGACAUACAGCGAGAAGGGAUGCUUUCAAGACUUAGAUAACACGUGUCCAAUAUAUACAGAGGUCGUCAGUGCAUACACCAGCAUUCCAAAUCAGGCGAAAACAGUUAGAUUACCUUCGUGGUGGAGUUACUAAGCGGCUGGAAUAGUGUGGGACGUGAAACUACUAUCCCUUCAGCUUCAGUGUUAUGUGACGUGGGUUCUUGAAAAUGCAGUGAGUGGAUAUAUAAGUUUAAGGGAUAUUAAUAACUCAUAUUCUAAGCAGAGGUGACCAGGACGUGUGUGUCAGGUCACCAUGUACUACCUUGAGUUAGCGUUGGUUGCCGUGGGAGUCGCUCUGUGCCCCUGCUCGUCACUUGCGUCACCUUCACUGCAGGAACUAUUCAGAUUGGAGCGCGAGGAGGCAGCCAACCGGUGGGCGCCGCUGGUGUGGCUCCACCCCGCCGAGGACUUCUUCCCCAGCUCCGUGCCACACUUCCUGAAGCACAUCACUGUUAGCACGGCGGCGGACAGGGCCGCGGCGCAGCGAGGGUUAGGGGCGCCGGACCUGACCCUGCCCGGCGGACGACCCAGCAGGGACUUUUUCCUCACAGCACAGCACGACUUUGAUUGCCAGGACUGCACGUUGCCUGGGUUUCUUCGAGGGGAGAAGCCAAGGAAGAAGUACUCACCCCCAGUCUACGUCACUGUCCACACGUGUUCCCCGGAGCCACAAGGACGGGCCGCGAGGAGCACCAAGAAUCCUCUGCUCGGGGACGGGGGCGGGCUGACCAGCGAUCGCGUGGCUGCAGAGGGAGUCAUUAGGGAAUCUUCGCUCACAAGCUUUCCCUUUACUGGAUCAACAUCGGCGUCUCCCUUCACCAGCCCUUCUAGUCUCCCGCCAACACUGUCCUCUUUCACUGCAACUCAAGAUCACGCACUGCCGAGUACUUUCAGUUUAUUCGCUUACUCUCAGACCAGACCAACUCGUCCCCUCUUUCCCUCAACCUCGGAACCGACAGAUCAUUCUAGUUUUUCAGAGGACGGAAAUGUCACUUCAACCUCUCCUCCGAUCGGUUAUAGUGAGGACAUGGCACCAAUCAACAAUGUGAAUAGCAAAACGGAUGAAUAUGAGGGAAUUUUUCAAGCGGAUGGCCUGGGAAUGACAGCGACGGACGAAGGCAAAAGCACACCAAGGAAAACUACGGUAACUCCUGGUGCUACAGAUGAAUCUCAGGCCACGGGCAACACUACCACUGGUUUUCUGAGGUCGCCGGAGACAACCAUGCACCCAAACACUGCUGAGGUGAAUGGUGAAGACGAUCCAACCAAUACGACCACGCGAGGACAGCGCCAUAGCAGCACAAGGCGACACGUGAGGCUGGGAGACCAAAUCAGUAGUUAUAAACAAGUCUUCACGCUGACCUACUGGAUGUUCUACCCCUACAAUAGAGGGAAGGACGUGUGCACCGUGAACCUCGGCCUCUUUCUGGGACGAUUCUUCAAGCCGAGAGUGCAAGGCCAGUGUCACGGUGAAGAUCUGACGAUGGGGAAUCAUGUUGGGGACUGGGAGCACGUAUCCAUCAAUUUUAAGGGAAGCCGGCCGCGUCGAAUGUACGUGUCAAGCCACACCUUCGGCGCCUUCUACACCUACGAGCCCCAGAGCCACACGUUCGUCUACGAGAGUCAGGACACGCGGGAAGGCCUUGCCAUGUCGCCCGUGUAUCCGCGGACCAUCCAGCUCACGGGUUCUCAUCCUGUCCUGUACUCGGCGAGGGGAUCUCAUGGCCUGUGGGGAUCUGAAGGCGUCCACGAGUACAACUCACUCCCCGAACUUGUCGACGAGACGGGCAGCGGCACACCCUGGAACACAUGGACCAACCUGGAGCUCGUCGAUGAGAAAGACUCCGCGUCCCUGGAGCCUCACAGGAACUGGUGGCGUUACGAGGGCCGCUGGGGCAACCCGAGCUCCAGCUGUCACCUGUUGCUUGGAGGCUUCUGCGAGAACGUCAAGGGGCCGACGGGCAUACCAAGGAAGCGAAUCAACUUCCCCUGCCAAAGACUGUGAUCCUAAGAGUCCCAAAUAGUCAUGUCUCUCUCUCUCUGUCUGUCUGUUUGGAUAUAUACAGGAAACAUGCAAUGAGGUGCCAUAAUCCAGGAAACAAGAAGAAUAUUGUUGUAUUUACAGGAAAAAAAAAUAUAUACAUGCAUUAUCCACUAUAAAAUGCCAUAUAAU